CUGAUAACCGUCCUGAGGGGGCGGAGCCCGGCUGAAAGAUGGCGUCUUUACGUUGUAGAAGGGAUUUCUGUGGCGUUAUCUGCCUGAUUUUGACUUAUUUUAGCGUCUUUUACGCGGACUACGUGGUCAUACAGUAUGUUCUCAUCCCUGCCUACGCUGACAGUGUGUGGGGAACUCUUCAUGGAUCCUUGUUCAACCUGGUCCUGCUGCUGCUGCUGGCCUGUCACUCCAAGGCUGUCUUCUCAGAUCCUGGUAUGGUGCCCCUCCCUGACACAGCAUUGGACUUCUCGGACCUGCGCUCCCAGUCCUCUCGAAUGAAUGAGCGGGGCUGUGAGGGCUGGACGGUGUGCAGCCGCUGUGAAACCUACAGACCUCCCAGAGCGCACCACUGUAGGGUCUGCCAGAGGUGCAUACGCCGCAUGGACCAUCACUGUCCCUGGAUCAAUAACUGUGUUGGGGAGUUGAACCAGAAGUAUUUCAUCCAGUUUCUCUUCUACACUGGCAUCGCCAGUCUGUACUCCAUGGUCCUGGUGGUGUGGGCGUGGGUGUGGAGGAUACGGAACGAGAGGGAAGGCGAUGCAAACAAAGAAGGCGAGGAGACACCGAGCAAACAUCUGAUAGUUGCGCAUUACAUCAUCCUCCUGGUGGAGUCGGUGUUGUUUGGAGUGUUUGUCAUGGUCAUCUUCUAUGAUCAGCUGGUCUCCAUCAUCACAGAUGAAACUCCCAUCGAACAGAUGAAGAAAAGGCUGAUUAUCAAAGACAGGAGACCCUCCUCCUCCUCGUUAUCCUCCGCCUCUUCGCAGCAGCCGCCCCAUCACCUCCCACACAUCACCCGGAAGCCGAAGCUGGCUCUGCUGAGGGAGGUCUUCGGGAGAGGUUCGGUCUUCUGCUGGCUGCUCCCGCUCCACUCCAGCCCUCCGUCGGUAGGUGGAAUCACCUACUCCGCCCUGCCGGACUACGACGUCUGAUCUAUGACCUGUGAGCAUGGCAGGGAAUGUUUGUGUGUGAAGGAGUGACUUUACUGCCUAAAAACGAUGUCUCAUCUUUCAACUGAGAGGUGAAAAUGAAAAAGGGAUGAGUAAGCAGUGUGUGUGUAUUCAUAUGAUGAGCAAAUGAAGGAAUGAAUGACUGAUUCACUGAGCCCUCAUGAUUUUACCCACUAGGACCUAAAGAAGCACUUCAGUUUCAGACUCGUGAGAAUUUUUUUACUGACUCUCAUGUGACGAAGACACAGCACUGAGCUCCUUGUGGCCCCAUCUGAAGUUUUAUGACCAGCAUUCCUCAAAUCUUUUUAUAUUUAUCUUUGGCAGCAUUUCUCUGGAAACUGGGACUUUUCUGAGUAUUAAUCAGUUUAUAAUGACUUUUUGCAGAACUAAACUAUAAAUUUAUAAAUUCUUAACAGGAUGUCCUAGAUCUAAAUGCAGAGGUACAACGUGGUAAGCAUGCAAGUCACAGAGCCUCUGAUCCAGAAUAUAAAGGGUUAAUGCAGUAUAUACAUGCUCUUCAUGUGUUUUGCAUGAACGGUAUGAUAUGACCUUUAUACACCCAAACAAGCCUAAACCUUUCAGGUUCAUAUUUGAAUUUUGGUGAACUUUUCACUUUUGAAACAGCAACCACAAACAGUUUUCCAUACAGGUAAAGCAGAAUGUUUACAGUUUUCUCAAAGAAGGAUAGUUUUUGUUGUGUUUGGGAAGACAGAAAAUGAACAGGAAGUUUUACAUUUAGUCAUUUGGCUCCUAUUUAUUCCAAAUCAGCUUAUAAACCACUGAAGUUAACCUGUGAUCACAUUUUGAAGGCAUAGAGUUACCAGGAUCCGCCUAUUUGACCGUUUCUUUGUUUUAAAUUCCUCUCUGCAGCGCCUCCUGCUGUCUAUUCCAAUUUCUUUUUUCCAGAGCGAAACAUUUUAAAAUUUACAAAUUCAAAAGCUUAGUAAACUUUUAAUAAAUUUAGCAGUUUGAAUUGUACGUACAUUUUUUUAAAAUAAAACUGAUUUUUAAUUUCCAGUAUUUGGAGAACAAAUGAAGGUAAAAAUGAUUAUUGUAUCAAAGUCCAGUUGAUUUAAAAAGAAAACUGUUGGUGAUAUUUCCAAGAAAAGUCAAUACUUAAAGUUAGACUCAUGUUACAUUUGGAGGAAAGUUUUACUUAAAAACAAAUGAAAUUCAGACAGAAGCUGACUCUAAAGUCAUCUUUAACUAAGACAUGAUUUAGAUUGUGUGGCUCUGACACCAAGCACUUUAUUUGUCAGUUUUUUCUUGUGUGACUUUAAAAAGUGAGGUUGGUUGUGGAAAAAGGUCCACAGGGAAAUGUUUUUUAUUGUAGCACUAAUACUAAAUGUAGUAAAGGAGAAAAGAAGUGUAGCACCAACAGCCUAAUUUAAAAGCAGGAUACGUGUGCUCAAAAAUAACACCUCUGGUUCUAAAAUAUGACCUACCUAUUUAUGUUCCUACACGGUUUUUAAAAUUGUGGAAAAGUAUAAAAUUCAGAUAAAAAUGAGAAAAAAGGUUUGCUUCCAAAUGAAAUUCCAAAUUUCUAAAACGUAAAAUGCCUUUUAAAAUAUUAAUUCAUGUUUAAAUUGCAUCCUUCAUCAUUGAUUUGCCACAUCUAAACAUUAUUUACAUUUAGUACCCACAAGUAAUUAACUAAUUCAGAAAAAACAAAGGUAGUUUUACUGUUUUUCUUGACCUCUUAGCCAACUUAAAUCAGAUUUUAAACUGAAAGCUGGGUGUUUUAUUUAGAUGCCAAACAAUGAAAUCACUGACACUGCUAUCUUUUUUUAUUUUUGCAGAGUCAAUGUGUCACAGAUGAUAAACUGAAGACCGUUUCAUUCAGAUUUAACAACUAUAAUAGGUUUAUAUUUUGAAUUGGAGCUGAUCUGAGCAAACAAAGCACUGCCAUAGCCCUUUACGGAGCUGCAUGAUCCAAUCCCAGCUUUCAGCAUUGUCUUAUUUUUGAUUUUGAUGCAAUGCAGAAAUACAUCAUGAAAAAAAAAACUUAAUCAAGUAAAUGUUUAUGUUUGUGAUUUACAUUUCUGCUGCUUUGUUCCCAUUUUAAAGCAGAACCUUCAUCCCAAAGCUUUGUGCAAACCAAUCCAUUCAUUCUAAAUCCAAUAAUGCCUCUUUAAGUUCCCUGCUGUCCUGGAUAAAAUGAAAAGCUUCUCCCUAAAUAUCAGCAUUUAAAAUGAAAUGUGACUUAUAUGGGCGUUGGCUUCUACUUUUGUUCGUUUAAUCACCAAACCUUUACAUAAAUCAGUCAUUUUAAAUUCAUUUUACUGUCAAAUUAUAACUACUGUUAGUUGUUGAGGUCAUUAUAAUCUGAAAGGAUGUUUCAGGUGAAAUCUUCCUCAUCCCCGUGUUUAGGUACAAAGAGCUUUUAUUUUUUCUCACUAAACUAAGUUACACUUAGAAAUUUAUCAUACAUGAAGAACAUUGUUUCCUACCUUUAUAUUUAUUUUUGUGUGAUGUUACUUCACUGAAGAGACCAUUAUGUACAUAUUUAUUAUGUCUUACGCUCACUUUAAAUAUGUGUUUUGUGUUCUUUCAUUUCUGUUACUCUUGUUCUGUUUACUUUCUGCCGUGACGGCUUAAAUUUCCCACUUGUGGGACUAAUAACGGAUUAUCAAUCUAUCAAUCAAUUUUAUGUAAGGGGUGAAGUUGCCUUUCCACACCAAAAAAGCAUUUAGGGUUCCGCUUCAUUUAGGAGGAAGGAGCUCGUCCUUUGGGGUUUUGGUCAUUUCCAUCCUUCUUUGUUUCGUACUUUUGCAAUUUUGGGCAUUUUGUACCCGAUUACCUUAAGAUGUUUCACACUAAGAAUUUUGUCGACCAAAACUAUGACAAAAAUAUUUAGUCAACUGGCUUUUUCAUGUACAAAAAUCUAAUUAGCAUUCUAAGGGGAUUAACUUGCAUUUUUAGCUUUAAGCUAGCUAGCAUUUCUGGGUAAUUCAGAAGGUUGAGCUUAUUCACUCGCAUUCCCAAUAACUUGUAUUCCUGUAAAUUUUAUUAGCAUUUACAGACUUUAACCAAAGAUUUAGGUGCAGUGAAUUGCAUAUUUUGUGUUUUACAUAGCAUUCCAAAGCCAGUAAUUGGCAUAGAUGAUCAGCUAGCUUUAGCGCUACAGCUAAGGUACCUAACGAGUAUUUAAAUACACAGUAUUUUAACUGUAUUAGUGAGGACCUCCAAAUAAGCAAAACAAAAAUGAAAACCUAAGACAAAAUGUGGUGUUAAGGCUAAAUAAGAUGUUUAUUUUACACAAUUAAAUAUUAAGGAAAACAAUAAAGCAGUUUCUGCAGCUAGCCAAGCAGUGCUAGCCAUCAGAUAGCUAUUGGUAUUGUUUUAAAUUAUUUAUCAUCCAAACCUUGCUCUAUAUUGUUGUUUUUCUUUAUUAUUCGACAAAUUUACACCAUUAUGUCUCCCACUAUAAUGAAACUCAGUAUCUGUUGGUGUUAACUAAGAUUUGGGCAGUUUUACCCUGUAAAAAUCUGACAGUAAUGAUUAACUAAAGAUCUCAGAUUAAUGUUGCAGCAGAAAACAUAAGUUCCUCAGAACUGAAAUAGAUUAUUUUAGAAAUGAAAAUGUUUCUAAACACAGAUGCAAAGGCAUCUUCAGCCCCACUGUGUUUUUAUAUAAAUGUGUUUUAAAGUUAUUUUGAAUUGUGUGUCUAGCUCAACAGCUCAACUUGCUCAACAGUUUCAGAUACACAGGUGCUUUAUUGGAUUGUAUGAAUUAUUCUCAACUGUUUGGAUGACAAGAGAAACUACUGGUUGAGGGUAUAGGGUUUUACCCUGAAAAAAACUUUUUUUAUGAUUAUUUGACUUUGAUCACUUUAAUUAGCCUUUAUGUCUCAUGUCAAUAAGCAUAAAAAUGGGAUAACUAUAUUGGAAAAAAAUAGGAGACAAUUGCAGAGAUGUCAAAAUCUUAAUAAUGUUGCAUUCAGGCUGCAAACUACCUGGCCGAUAUUUAUAAUGCUUUGUAUGUGCAUAAACCACUACUGUACUCUGGCUCCAAAACUGGUAAUAAUGUUUAGGAUAUUAAAAAGAUCAAAAUGAUCCCGUCAUCUCUGAAGGAAGCAGUUCUGUAUGUUUGUGUGUGAAGGGAGGAGAAGCAUGUGGGUUUUUGAAAGGGCGACCCAUGUUGCUCAGUCAUGGGCUUUUUUCAGGAUCUGAGGGCCUAAAUUGUCUGUAAGGCAAGUUUAUUUUUGAAGAGGAGUUGCAAUCAAGCCUUGAUAGUCACUGAUGGAAACAUUUUACAACUUCCUUCUACCAGAGUAUAGCCAAGUCUUUGCUUAACAUACUAAUCAAUGAGUCUGAUCACUAAAACAUAUGAUGGCCCAUUCAACUUGAAACAGUUCCCCAAUUUAAGUCAGAUGUUGCAAGUGAAUGUAAUCUAAAUGAAAAAAAAGGUAAACAAAAUUACAAAUUUUUUAUUUUAUGUUUCCAUCCGUUUUCAAAAGCUAAGAAUUACUGAUUUCACUGAAAAUCUUUCAGAACACUCAGGUUUUAGAGGCUUGUUUUCCAACAAUGGUUAGGAUCUAACACUUUAAAGGCUCUUUAUGUCCUACUGAGAGGAACUUUCCAGGGGAGAUUUCUUUCCAGUUCAAAUAUAUAUCAGGUUUUAUCUGAGAAAUGUGCAAACGCAACAUUUAAGAUGUAAAAAGUGUCAAAGCUUCAGUUCAGGCAGUAAUUUUACAUUUUAAUUCACCUGCUGACAAACUGAGCAGUUCUUAGAGUCCUUCGUUUGUUCAAAGCAAUGAUGCUUCGUCCAUCAGCGUUGUUUGUAGGGUGAAUGCACAUUUAUGGGGGAACAGAGGCUGCCUUGCUGUUGUUAUUUUGUAUAAUCUUAAGAUGAUUGAUGAAGGUUUCUUGUAACUUCUCUCCACAGUGCUAAUUGUGGCCCAGGUCUGAUUCUGUGUGGACAUAGAAAGGUUCAUGUUUUAUGCUUAAGAUGUGCAAUAAAUCACAAAGGGGAACAUUACUGAAUCUCAGAGAUAUUUAUUAUGAUUUCUAACAUCAUUGUUGCAUAAAAGGUUGGAGAUGUUUUUUUACCAAAUGGAAGAGAAAUGGAAAGUUACGUCAUUUUAAGUUGAAUUUUACUGAUUUGGUGAAAAUAAUGACCAGGUGUUUUGGUCUGGAAAAUCUGACUAUUUAGUCAAGCACCUAAAAAUAUUUCAGACAAUUGUUUUUGUCCAGAUAUGUGUGUGCAAUUAUCAGGGUGCUGGCUUCCUUGGUUUUCAUGAAUGCAGUUGAUCUGUUUUUCCAUUUAUUCUUUGUUCUAUUAGGGUGCGUUUGUUUCGCCUUAUCUUAGCUGCCUCUUAGCCACCAAUUCAGAUUAAAAACCCAACAGAGGUGAGCAAGACAUGCACACAACUUGCUGUUUUCUAGACAGCAUGAAGGAAUCUCUGCACAAACAGAGAAGACCUAAAAUUAACCGUUAGCUGUCAGUCAAAAGCAUUCAUGGUCCAGGUUUGGAUUCGCUGCAGUUUUUACGCUCACAAAGUUUUUUUAAUUUUUUAUUUAAUGAAGAGAUAAAUAUAACAUCAAGAACUGUUGUCAAGCAUUAAAACCAUUUUUUAACCAUUUGGAAAACUAUGAGGAAAAAAUCCUACUGUGCAAAUUAGUUUAAACUACGAAAGUGAUGUUGAAGCUGACAGAAUGUCUUUUUAUACCAGUCAGCGUUCAUAUGUGUCUCUUGCUCAUCUGAUUGGCUGUGACGGUUAAUUUCGAGGCCUGCAUAAUAAAAACUGAGUUUGAUAUCAUGUGGUUUUCUCGAUGAACAACUUCACAGCUGAACUAUGUUUGUUUUAUGAUGUGUUACAAUCUUGAAACCGUGAGCUGUGUAUUUUUUCUUCUUGAUAUGCUGCUUGUUAAAAUCCAAAUAAAACCGAUGUCUUUUAAUCUA